AUGAUUCGCUCCAACCCCACUGCCAUUCCCCUCCGCCCCUCCGACGUCAAGGCCCUCCAGGUCGAGCUCGAGCGCCGCCGCCAGCAGCCGCAGGAGCAGGAGACGCAGAGCCAACGUACCGAGCGCGGGGACAACGGCAACGAGUCCUUGACGGAGCGCGCACCGCGGCAGGUCAUGGAGCAGCCGCCGCGUGACAACCGUACCGUGCAGGAGCGUAUUGGCCUGUGCAUAGGUCGGUCGCCGCUGCACUGGCGCACUGGGAAGACACUACUGCGACGCGUAUCGCCGCCAGGUGACGCAACAUGGCCGACGCGACCUCCACCUUCAAAACUCAUCUGGAACCAAACCACCGUGAUCUUCCUCCUUUCGCACAACAAACCAUCAAACAACAAUGGCAAGCUCACUUCACCACGUCACGUUCCACCUGUGGAAGUGCGCUGUGCUCCUGACGGUGCCGGAGAGGACCUCAAGACGCAGCUGAUCCCGGCACUGAAGCCUUUGGCCGACUCGCUUCCCGUUCCGCCACCGACAAGUGAGGACGACAUCGAGCUCUGGGAGGAGACGCCAGACGGGCCCGAGGACAUCGACAAGCUUGAGACCAACCUCUCUGUCGCUGGGAUGGGAUGGCCGCGCUUCAAGACGAUAUUCGUGUCUCUCCGCAACGAGUCCGGCAACUUCGACCGGCCAGUGUACACCGUCCCAGACCCGGAGGACGGCGACGAGGACGGCGCCGCUUAG